AUGAAGACCCUGGGGAGCAGCCACACUGGUGGGAUAUGGCUCGGUGCUUUCUCCCUCCCCUUGGUGCUUUGCUUUUGGCCUGUCACCAUCCCAGAGGAGCUGAAGACAGCUGUCUUCAAAGUUGCUGUCAAUGCCACCUCCUGCAGUGUCACCUGUGGGGUGGGCAUCAAGCUGGAGGAGCUGUGUGAGGUCACAGGUGCUGGCGAGAGGAGGAAUUGUACCCUGCAGAGGUCCAGCUGCCUGAGCAACUCCAUGUGUGGCUUACUCCACUUCACUGUCUCUGUGGGCAAACCCUUCCAGCUCACCUGCCUGGACUCAGAUGUGGUUGCCUUUGGCAGUGGAGCCUAUAGGUACAGGUGGAGGUUUGCCCCAGGCCUCAUCACCACAAACAAAUUGCUGCUGAAACCUUUCCGCAGCACCGAUCCCGUCCUCAGGUUUGCCACUACCAGAGAGGCUGACUCAGGGACUUACCAGUGUGAUGUGCAGAUGCUGAAGACCUUGGAAGUCAUCAAGAGGAUCUACUUUGGGCUCAGAAUGAUCCAGGAUGACUUGGCAGACCUGGACUUCUACAAAUCCUUGACUUGGGAACAGAAGUUAGCAGCGAAGAAGCCGGAAAGAGCCACAGAGAACAGCACCAAGGAAGAGGUGCAAAGGCAGAAGCCCUUCUGGCAAGGGAAGUUUUUGGAUGUGUACUGGGUAGGACUUGGAAGUGGGGUGAUAGGAGGUGUCUUGGUGAGCUUGGUGGCCAGCUGCCUCUUCAGGAAGCUUUGGAGAAGCAGAGCUGCAAAGCAAUGA